AUGAACGACCAAAACGAAUCCCUUCUCUUCCGUCUCCCGCAGGAGUUGCGCGAUGAGAUCUACCACUACUAUGUCCUUGAGGAAGACGGCUACCACCACGAUGCCACGUCUGACAAGCUUCGACAGGCUAGCGGACGUCCGAUCAAUUUAAGUUUGCAGUACACUUGCAAGAAGACUGCGACCGAGAUGGAGGGUCUGGCUCUGCAGGUGAACAGGGUUACAUUCCGUACAAAGCUCGAAGUACCCGAACCUGACAGCGAAUGCUCGAACGCGCUUUUAUGGAAUCAUCUUCUCUGUGAACGAGAACGACCUCUCCGACGUAUGUUCGAGUGGUCCUAUACUCUGGUUACGCUCGAAGCUAUACAACGCCUACGAGAGCUGCACCCAGAUAGUACCGCGGCGGAGCAGAUCGAGAAAGCGUUCAUCAGAAUGGGCGACAGGAUUCAAUGGCUCAGCUCCGGGACACUGUUUAAUGAAGGCGUGGUAUGGAGUAUAGACUAUACAGCGCACACAACCCUACUACAAGACUUGUUGCAAAUCCUAUCCACCCACCCAGAGUUCUGGCGGUUGACUUCCAAAGAGUAUACCAGAGAGUCUGAAGAAAACGACAAUGGUAGGAUUGUACACGAAGAUCUGGAGUACCCAAAUCAGACGGUUCAGGCGUUGAUGCUUGGAUGGCGCCCGGACCCAUGGCGAAUGCCGGAUCGCGCUGAGUUUGACACGAUCUUCGAAUUUCUUCCACGGCCGCCUGCAAUAGUAGAGGACUUUGACCGAGGGUGGUAUCUGGAUGACACGUACUAUUCGGCUACCGCGGUGACUAUUCGAUUCUUAGAGCGCCUGCCACCAGCCACUCGGACGCAUCUACGCAAUAUUAUCAUCCAGGAAGACGAAAUAAGCGAAGCACAUAGGCAAACUCACGCUAGAGGCCUUGUUCCUUUCUGCUGCGAAAACCUCAGGCUUCGGAUCGAGAGGAGAGUAGACGUAUUUCACCAGCACUACUUGUCCGAGCGCAUGGGUUUAGAAGACGGAAUCGAGGAAAUUGCGCCCUGGUUCGUUGAAACCAAGUUCCUCAAGAGGCUUGGGAUGCCACCCGAGUCCUUUUGCUUGGUUCUUCACGGACCCACACCUCGAGCGAGCCAACGGCUGAGCGACCUUCUCAUCAAGCUUGCCAUUUGGGACGAGGGCUGCACUAUACUUGAGCAUAGAUUAGGUCCCAGCUCCGAUUAUGUCGCCUACCCAAUGCGUAGAGGCUUUGCGGACGGUGUUAAGAUGAUGGUUACAAGUGAGCUUCCUGCAAGAGUUGAGGCCGAUAUGGGACAGGUAUGGGACAUCAACCAGCUCCUGGACGACCAUGUUGGCGAAUGGCCUGCACUCAGCGAAGACGUAUAUGUGAAGACUGCCACUAGGCAUGCUGGACACGAAUUGUCGCUCGAAGAGGAGGACUAG